CUCGCUCUUUGUAAAGAAAUGCCCUUCCCCACUCUGAUUGCCCACGAGGCGGAGAAUCUCAUUACCUGUUCCACUCUUACUAGCGUGAGGAAACCAAGCUCAUAAGAUAAAAAUCACGAAAGAUGUCUAAGCAACAACCAGCUCAGUUUAUAAAUCCAGAAACUCCUGGUUAUGUUGGAUUUGCAAAUCUUCCCAAUCAAGUUCACCGAAAAUCAGUGAAAAAAGGUUUUGAGUUCACACUGAUGGUUGUUGGUGAAUCAGGUCUAGGAAAGUCGACUCUCAUAAACAGCCUGUUCCUGACUGAUCUCUACCCAGAAAGAAUCAUACCUGGAGCUGCAGAAAAAAUAGAAAGAACUGUCCAAAUCGAGGCUUCAACUGUUGAGAUUGAAGAACGGGGAGUCAAGCUGCGCCUCACAGUAGUGGACACACCUGGCUAUGGGGAUGCCAUCAACUGCAGGGAUUGUUUUAAAACGAUUAUCUCCUACAUUGAUGAGCAGUUUGAGCGCUACCUGCAUGAUGAGAGUGGCCUGAACAGGCGGCACAUCAUUGACAACAGGGUUCAUUGCUGUUUCUACUUCAUUUCACCUUUUGGACAUGGACUGAAGCCCUUAGAUGUUGCAUUUAUGAAGGCGAUACACAAUAAGGUGAAUAUUGUUCCUGUCAUCGCAAAAGCUGACACUCUCACUCUGAAGGAACGUGAACGGCUGAAAAAAAGGAUUUUGGAUGAAAUUGAAGAGCAUAACAUCAAAAUCUAUCACUUACCCGAUGCUGAAUCAGAUGAGGAUGAAGAUUUUAAAGAACAGACUAGACUGCUCAAAGCCAGCAUCCCAUUCUCUGUGGUUGGAUCCAACCAGUUGAUUGAAGCCAAAGGCAAGAAGGUCAGAGGUCGCCUUUAUCCAUGGGGUGUUGUGGAAGUGGAGAACCCGGAACACAAUGACUUUCUGAAGCUGAGAACCAUGCUCAUCACUCACAUGCAGGACCUCCAGGAAGUGACCCAGGACCUUCAUUAUGAAAACUUCCGUUCUGAGAGGCUCAAGAGAGGCGGCAGGAAAGUGGAGAAUGAGGACAUGAAUAAAGACCAGAUCUUGCUGGAAAAGGAGGCUGAACUCCGCCGUAUGCAGGAGAUGAUUGCGAGGAUGCAGGCGCAGAUGCAGAUGCAGAUGCAGGGCGGCGACAGUGAUGGUGGGGCCCUCGGGCACCACGUGUAAGGAAAUACUCUUGGAUGAAAAGAAAAUACAUUCCAGACUAGUGCUACAGCUUGGAGUUUUCUUGAGGUCCUUGGAAAGGGUGCCUAUCCAGAUUUUAAGUACCUGUGCCUUAGAAUUUCAUUUUUUUAAAACUUUUGAUGUGUUUUGUUUUUUUUAUGAAGUACUUUUAACACUUGUAUUUUCAUUGCUGUUGUACUUUACACUUUGAUUUUCUUCCUUCUUAUCUGACCACUAAUGUUAGAAUGAUUUCCAAGAGUCCACAUCUGUAGUUAACAUUGAACUUCCUUGGUGUAGCUGGCCUAACUGACUAAUCGCUGAUGAGCACUCUAUUUGUAUCUAGAACAUUCAGAUUUACCCUGUGUCCUGUGUUGUAGAUGUACCUGUGACCAGGCCAUUUGCUUAUUACCAAGCCACACUGUGGAGACUGGCCUUCCUUGAUUUUUUUUUUGUGCACAACACAUAAAACCAGUUUUGCUGCUAAUAGUUCAAUACUGUUGAUCCAUCUGCAUGUUUAUCUGUUGACCAAGUAGAGCAGAGUAGAAUUACCUAACAAGAUACAUUUAUAAUUAAAGAGCUUUUUAAAAAUAGGCUUUUGGGGUGAAUUUUAGGAGCUCUAGGUUGUGAAACUAGGUUAUUUUUAAGGUCUUUGUGCAGAGAACUCACCACAAGGACUUUUUAUUAGUGUCUUCCUCUGGUGCUGGUUAUCCUGUGCUGUGGAGAAAAAUCAAAGCAGCUAUGAGUUCCAACUUCACCUUGCAAUGAGACUGUAUUUAUGAGAGUCAGUAAACAGUUUUUACGCAACUAAAGAGGAAAUAAUUUUUUAAGAAACCAAUCUUUAUAUUUUAUACUGCACUUUAAUGUACUUCUAUAACUGCAGGUGUAAAAGAUCUCCCUCAACAGUGGAAAUUUUGUCCUUUGCCCAACAUACCCCUGGACCCGGGCUUGUCACUGGGCAAUAUUCCUGCCCAAAGGCCUUGGCCCCAUGAAGACCAAAUGCCUGCCAGACCAAAUGCUUUCCUCUGUUUCCUUUUUGAAUGGUUUUUUGUUAAAAGAAAAAAGCAGUGGCUAUUUCUUAAUGGACAGACUGUCCCAUUUGCAUUGUCGUUUCAUUCAGUUUGUGUGUACAAAUUUCUCCAUGUGUCUCUAUAAGGACGAAAGACAUUUCAGCUCUGUACUGCAAGCUGGUACACAGGCACCCAUGGUUGAAGCCACACCUGGUCUGUCUUCUGAUGCUGGCCUUGUCCCUCCUGCACUGCCUUUUUUCCUGUGUUCUUUCUCUUUGGGACACUCUAGAAGUCACUUUCCAUCACCUUUCCUAAUGUCAGGAAGCAGGUGAAGGAAACAGGACUGUGGAAGGGAGCAGGUGCUGGUUUAGUACUUUUCAUUUCAUUGCAACAGGAACUGAGCUGAAGAUGAGACAGGCAUUUGGGGGAGGGAGAUUGUUUAGGUCAAAAAAAAAAAA